UCCUCCAGGGCCGGGGGAGUUCGCGGGAAACCGGUUGUAGUCGUGAUACUUAAAGCCUAAUUGGACUCCGGUUAAAACAACUAUCUUUGAUACUAAAUCGCUAUUUCAUUGAUCGACCAAAUUUAGACUAUUGCGGUUAAAAACGGAGAAGUGACACAGCUUAAAAUCGCCGUCUUUUUAGGACUGUUGCCCUGGCUGCUAUGCUAACAUCCGACGCUAGUUAGCUAGGUGGUCACAUCGACUAACAGGAACCUUGUGCUUCAUGCAGACAAGAGAAAAUACUGUUGGCUAGAAAGAGACAAAGGGCUGCCGCUGUCAACCACGACCCCGACGGUUAAAAUGAGUCUGUUCAAUCUAGACCGUUUUCGUUUUGACAAGAAGGCAGCGACAACAACAAGCAAAGGCGAGGAAAGCGGGUCAAUAAGUCCAGAAUCUGAGAAGGAGAACAAGCCAGCUCCGAUGAAACCUGUCAAACCCCCACCAAAGUCCCACGCCCGAGGAGUGGUUUUUGAGGAAGUCCUUACUAUUGACUUGGAGGAGGAUGAGACAAAGACCAAAAUAUCAUUGACCAGGAAAUCCAAUAAUGCCGUAGGGAAAUCAUCUAAAAACGUGGAAUCAGAUUAUACAGAUGACGAGGACAGUGAAUUGGAGGAGAAAAUUACCAGACUACUGGAGAUGUUUCCUCAGUUGACGAGGAAGGAGCUCCUGGAGGUCAUUGGAAGCACAAGCACAUUGGAUGGGGCUAUAGCUGCAUGCCUUAUACAGUUUGGUGAUAAAGAAGGCCCAGACCAAGGCAGAAAGAGAAAACUGGAUGGAUCCGGCAGUUCUCAGGACAGUGGUGAGAUUCAACCCAGCAAGAAGAGGAGGCCUUCAGUAGUUUCUGGUGAAGAAGAUAAUGAAGGCAAAGGGCCAAGCUGGGAGAAACAGGAAGCCAUGGUCAGAAGACUGCAGAAAAAGUUUCCUGACCAGGACAAGGAGGAGCUGCGGAUGGUGCUGCAGGAACACGACUGGAAUGUGGAGGAUGCUUUGCAGGUUCUACAAAUGUUCUCAGACCCAGAUAACUCCAGCUUCAGCUCACAUGAGACAGAAGAAAGGAAGUCCGGUAAAUCAAAGAGCAAACACAAGUCAAGCAGGGACCACAGAAAGCUGAAGCGCCACAAACAUCACAAAGGAAGUAAAAAAGACUACAUAAGUAUUAGUGAGACAGAGGGGGGCAGUGAUACAGAUGUUACAAAGGACAGUGAAGACGAUGCCGACUCGGAAGACAGUGAGGGUUCCCAAAGCAGGACUAGCACUUCUACUCUGUCUUCAUGCAAAAGUUCCGAUUCAGUAGCCUCAUCCUCCUCUGUCAAGGAAACAAGCAGCUCUUCUGCCCCGAAGCCGUCGUCCUCUUCCUCUACUGCUCAUAUGCUGUCCAGGUUUGCCAGUGGGACCAGCAUAGCUAAGAAGCAGGCAGCAGAGAGAAAGAGGAAGGCGCGUGCCUCAGAUGAACGCGUCAGUUCUGAGGGAGAAAAUGACGACGAAGAGGAGGAUGAAGUUAGCAGCGAGUUUGAGGAGUCUGACGACGAUCUGGACUGUAAAGGUGGUAUGACGGAUCUGAAGAAAGAGAUGCUCAAGUUCUUCCAGGACGCAUCUAUAGAUGAGCUGUCAUUGAUCGCUGGGUGUUCGGUUAAAAAGGCCCAGAAGAUUGUGGAACUGAGACCCUUUGAUAGCUGGCAAAGCCUGGUUGAUGUCUUCCAUAAGGACAACGGACUGUCAGAGAGCCUACUGCUGGGCUGCAGAGUCGUCCUCAAAGAGCGGAAGGUUGUCAAGGGGCUCAUGUCCAAGUGUGAGACCAUUUCCUUAAAAAUGGUCAGACAGGUCACUGAGGUGAUGGAGAAGGGCACAGGGGCCAUGAAACAGCCUAGCAUACUCAACAGCCAGUUGCAGCUGAAACCCUAUCAGCUGAUUGGCCUAAAGUGGCUGCUGCUUCUGCAUGAGCACAAUCUGAGUGGCAUCCUUGCUGAUGAAAUGGGUUUGGGGAAAACUAUCCAGGCCAUAGCGUUUCUGUCCCAGCUGUACCAGAAUGGAAUAGAUGGUCCUCACCUCAUCACCGUGCCGGCCUCUACACUGGAUAACUGGGUCAGAGAGCUGAAGCUGUGGUGUCCAAGCCUCAAAGUCCUAGUCUAUUAUGGAUCUGUGGAGGACCGCCACUACCUCAGACACGACAUCCUCAAUGAAGAUGUUGAGUUCAAUGUCAUUGUGACCACGUAUAACUUGGCCAUAGGAAACGAUAGCGACCGUAGCCUUUUCCGUAAGCUGCGUCUGAAGUAUGCUGUGUUUGAUGAAGGGCACAUGCUGAAGAACAUGAACUCUCUCCGCUACCGCCACCUUAUGGCUAUUAACGCGGAGCAUCGCUUGCUGCUGACAGGAACCCCAUUACAGAACAACCUCUUAGAGCUGAUGUCUCUCCUGAACUUCAUUAUGCCCUCCAUGUUCUCCAGCUCCACUACACAGCUCUCCAAAAUGUUUUCUAUGAAAUCCCACGAGGAGCAGAGCCGCUUUGAAAGGGAUCGUAUAUCUCAGGCCAAACUCAUCAUGAAACCUUUUAUCCUCAGGCGAGUCAAGAGCGAGGUCCUCAAGCAGCUGCCAGCCAAGGAGGAGAAGGUAGAGUUCUGCUCAAUGAGUGAGAAACAGGAGGUCCUCUACCAGACGCUCAUGAAAAAACUGAAGACUUCCAUCAAUGGCGAGAAGCGUGAGUUGUGUAAUGUGAUGAUGCAGUUGAGGAAGAUGGCCAACCACCCUCUGCUUCAUAGACAGUACUACACCACAGAAAAGCUCAAAGCAAUGAGCAAGCUCAUGCUGAAGGAGCCAACUCACUUUGAUGCCGACCCUGCUCUUAUCCAGGAGGACAUGGAAGUGAUGUCAGACUUUGAGCUGCAUCGUCUGUGCCAGCAGUACUCCACCAUCAGCUCCUACCAGCUCGAAAACAAUCUGCUGCUCGACUCUGGAAAAUUCCGCCACCUCACAGAGCUGCUGGCCUCACUUAAAAACAAAGGAGACCGAGUAGUAUUAUUCAGUCAGUUCACCAUGAUGCUGGAUAUUGUGGAAGUGCUGCUGAAACAUCUUAAGCAUCGUUAUGUCAGACUGGAUGGAUCCACACCCAUAGCCGACAGGAUUGUGUUGAUUGAUGAGUUCAACACGGAUCCUGACAUAUUUGUGUUCCUGUUGUCGACACGCGCUGGCGGCCUGGGCAUCAACCUCACCUCAGCUAAUGUUGUCAUCCUACAUGACAUCGACUGCAAUCCCUACAAUGACAAACAGGCAGAGGACAGAUGUCACCGUGUAGGCCAGACCAAGCCUGUACAGGUGAUUAAGCUGAUCAGUAAGGACAGCAUAGAGGACUGCAUACUGCAGCUGGGCCAGAAGAAACUAAAGCUGGAACAGGACAUGACCGCUGCUGAACAGGGUGGUGAGGGGACCAUACCUGAAGAUAUGGCAUCUUUACUGAAAGCCUCACUGGGACUGUAAUGGCAAACACAUGACUGUACAAAUACAUUUGUGAUGGCAUUCCUGUGAUCCUGGGCAGACUUGAGGGUGUCCAUACUGGAAAACUACUGAGAACCAUUUGCUGCCAUGAAAAAAAAAAAAAAAAAAGGUUCUGAUGUUGAGAUCUCAUUUACUGUGUAGCAUGGUAGCUGUGCCUAAACACUAUUCUUUACAUGCACACAGUUUUUGCUCCUACAUUGAUUACGAGACCAGUAUAUAAAGACAAAACAAACAUUUUGCCCUUUUAAAGAUUAUGCGCAACAUGGUAAGGUCUCGAGCUGUAGAAACUUGAAAGAAAGUGGUGUUUAGAAGUUAAGCAUGUAUUGGAGUACACCAUCGAACUUGUUUGACUGAACAAAAGUAUCAUAAAUUUAAGUUCACAUAAUCCAUGCAGUGUUAAAUUAUUCACACAUGAUGGUGCUGUAUGCCGGUAAGGACAAUUUUGCUUGCUGGCAUUAUUUGAUGGAUGAAAUAAUUGCAUACCCGAAGAGGUGAUGCACGCAGAAUGGAAGAUUUUUUUAACAUCUGUCAUACAGUGUUGCAUCUUGCCUGUUGUACUUGACAGUUCUUAAAAAUUAGAUGUUUUAACAGAGCAUUUGAACAGCAGCCGUUAGGACAAGUAUACUGAAAAUGUUUCAAUUCAUAUUUCCUCUGCUACCAUGCCUGAUCAAACAUUUCUGACAGUUGUGGUUGCAUCAAAAAGUCACCCAAGUAUCUGGAAAAAUUGUAUUCUCUGUCACUGUAAGUGUAAUGUGUUGAGUUUUAUCCUGUCAUAUUUUGAGUCCGUUGUUCAGCAAGGGCAGACUGAUUGACCUUUUUUGAUUGUGUGGGUGUAGUCGGUGAAUUUCUUACACAAAUAUUCCAGUUUUUCGAGUGUCUAAAACUAGAAAAACUGAAACAAAAAUAGGAACUAGAAUGUCUUUAAUAAAUAUGGUGCUUGAUUUGGUUUCCUCUACCCCCCUUAAAUGUCUUAAGCCAAGCGACACAGAGAUAAUGAUGAUGAUGAUGUGAGGAAGCAGCUACUGCAUUCAUGAGUGGCUAAUGUGUUGUAAGUGUACACGUGUUGAUGUAAAAGCUUUUACAAAGUCAUUUGUAUGUUUUUAAGGUUCUUGUUUCAACUGAAUAAUAAAAAUUAGAAUAAA